GGAGGAUGAGGAAGCACCGCGUCCGGCUGCUGGACAAAGACCCUGCGUCAAAAACCGCAAAAGUGACGAGAGCACACAGGCGUUUCUCCCCCAACUUUUACAGCUGUUUUCAAAGAACAACCCUCCCAAAAAAGAAGUUACCACAACAAGCAGGUGUGUUUUUCCGGGUAAAAAGUUGCUAAGUUGUGCUGUCUGUGCGUGCCUACCUUAGUGUUAGCUCCAGGGAGAAACAGCGACACUCAGCAACCAGAAGACAGCCGCCUAGCUAACAAUGCCUUCACCCUUCCACACUGCAUUUACGAGGAACAAGCUCGCAAUGGUUGACUUGUGUACAUCCGUCGCGAGUCAAAAUGACGGACCGCUACGACUGCCACUACUGCAAGGAAUCCCUGUUUGGGAAGAAGUACGUCCUGCGGGAGGAGAACCCCUACUGUGUGAAAUGUUACGAGAGCCUGUACUCCAACACCUGCGAGGACUGCAAGAAGCCCAUUGGCUGCAAUACCAGGGACCUGUCCUACAAAGACCGCCACUGGCAUGAGGACUGCUUCAAGUGCUUCCAGUGCAAGCGCUCGCUGGCGGACAAGCCCUUCUCCACCAAGGACGAGCAGCUCCUGUGCACCGAGUGCUACUCCAACGAGUACUCCUCCAAGUGCCACGAGUGCAAGAAAACCAUCAUGCCCGGCUCCAGGAAGAUGGAGCACAAGGGCAACAGCUGGCACGAGACCUGCUUCACCUGCCAGCGUUGCCAGCAGCCCAUCGGCACCAAGAGCUUCAUCCCCAAGGACAGCCACAACUUCUGUGUGCCCUGCUAUGAGAAGCAGUUUGCCAUGCAGUGUGUGCACUGCAAGAAGCCCAUCACCACUGGCGGGGUGACCUACCAUGACCAGCCUUGGCACAAGGACUGCUUCCUGUGCACGAGCUGCAAGCAGCAGCUGUCUGGCCAGAGGUUCACCUCCAGAGAUGACUUUGCCUACUGCCUCAACUGCUUCUGCAACCUCUACGCCAAGAAGUGCGCCUCCUGCACCACACCCAUCAGCGGCCUGGGAGGCAGCAAGUACAUUUCCUUCGAGGAGCGCCAGUGGCACAACGACUGCUUCAACUGCAAGAAGUGCUCCGUGUCCCUGGUCGGCCGCGGCUUCCUCACUGAGCGCGACGACAUCAUGUGCCCCGAGUGCGGCAAGGACAUCUGAAGCAGCCGCCGAUUUAAAAACAUCUGAUCGAUAGAGCGCCCCCUUAUCAGCAGCGACUGUACAUUGUUGUACGCCACGGCUGUUUUUCCACUUUGGAAACCUUUCAAAAAUGCUAACACAUUAACUACUUGCAUGAAUGUAGAGGACAUUUUUGCAGAUAUUAAGUAUUGUCGGCCUAAUCUAUAUGAAUGCACAUUGUAUGCGUCUUUAACUUGACUAAUUCCUGUGUCGCUUCUGUGGAACUCUGGUGUAAACUUUAGAUGUGCAUGAAGUGGACUUUUAUGGAUUGUAGAAAUAUUAAACUAUAAAUAAAAGAGUUAA